GACUAAAAAAAUCUACAGUUACUUGAAAUCUUGUAUGUAUAUUUGUGAGAGGUGUUAUCCCAAUCAAAAUUGUAAAAUGAGAGGAUAAUUUUACUCUCUGGACAAAAAUAGAGACUUUUAUUCAAAUUAAAUCAAGAUCCAACUUGUAUAGAUCUAUGAAUGAUUUAUAUUAUAAUAUGAAGAUAUGUUUAACUAUAAAUAUUGUCUAAAAGUUAUAUUAAUUUUUUUAAUAGAACAUUUAUUAUAAAAAACAUGUUAUUUUUAUCACGUGUUAUGUUUAUAAGCUGUUAUAAAGAAUAGGAUUAUUGAGGUUUUAUAAUUUAAUAAAUCGGUAUAACAAAAAUAUUAGCUGUUAGUACCAACUUUCAACUACUUUAACUAGUUUAACUGUUUUGUAACUAAAUUUUCUAACUUAAACCAAAAUCUAAGUCCUAAUUUGAAGGCCAACUUCCACAGCACGUUCUGUGAACUCAUUACAAGAGCCAAAAAAACACUUUUCUUUCCCACUGCUUAACCACUUGCAAACAAAAGAAAAUGCUAUAUAUACAGAGAUUUUAGAAAACAUUCAUUGUUUUGGUUCGUUCUUUCUUCUUUCUUUGCAGUUUUCCCUAACACUCAUUCCUUCACCAUGUCAGAUAGCUCCAAUUCUCUUCCUCACUCCGGCGUUCCUGCUCCUGAUGAUGAUCGUACUGAUACAACGAACGACGAUUCCCAGCUUUCAUUUCGGGAGUUUCUGAGGACCUUCAUGGACCUAUUAUUUCCAAAUGUCUUGAAACGUGUAGAAUAUCUCAAAGAACUUCAGAAACAAUUUGAUAAGCUGCAGGCUGAGUAUUUUGUGGAGCAAUCACUGUUGCGAGCUAAAUACGAGGAGCUGUAUGAGGAAUUUUACCAAAAAAGGUAUGAGAUUGUGAAUGGCAUCAAAGACGUAGAAAAUACAGAUGAAGCAGACAAAUUCAUGGAGGUGAAAGGAAUACCUAAAUUCUGGCUAGCUGUUAUGAAGUCUAAUGAGAAACUGGGUGAACUGAUCACUAAAGAUGACGAGGGGGCCCUCGAAUAUCUUAAAGAUAUAAAGAGCUGUAGAAUUGACCAUUUUAAAGGCUUCAAGCUGGAGUUUUUCUUUUCUCGUAAUCCUUAUUUCAAAAACUCUGUGCUAGAAAAAACAUAUACGAUUGACAAGGCUGGACCCGUGUUCAUAAAAGCCAAAGGGACGGAGAUUGAGUGGCGUCCAAGAAAGUGCCUGACAAGUAAGGUUCUUCGUCUUCAGAAGAUGCGAAGGAAUAGAUCAAAAAAUGAUAAACCCCUCACAAACACUGUAAAAUGCAAAAGUUUCUUCAACUUUUUCAAUCCUCCCCUUGUCCAUGAUGAGGAUGAUGAGGAUGAUAAUGAUGAGAAUGAUAACGAUGAGGAUGAUAAUGAUGAGGAUGAUGCGGAUGAUAAUGAUGAGGAUGAUGUACCUAUUGAAGAGAUCCAGAAGGAUUAUGAGUUAGGUUGUGUAAUUCGGGACCAAAUCAUUCCUCAGGCUGUGUCAUGGUUCGCGGGGAGUUUUACAGACACAACGCUUUUUGUUUUGUGAUAUA